AGCGUGGUGUGUAUGUACCUUUAUCCGUAUGCUUCUCUCACUCCCUAUUUAUAAACCAACACAUACAUACAUGUUUAGGGGUGCCUCUGUGUCACCCGUUUUUUUCUACUUACUUUAGACCACCUUUCCUUUCUCCUUUUAGUCCUUUGUAAUUAGACAGCUAGAGAGACUGCCGCACCAUGGAUAAGUAUGAGCUCGUCACGCAAAUUGGCGAUGGCACCUUCGGGUCCGUGGCGAAGGCGGUACUGAAAAAAACGGGACAGCUGGUAGCCAUCAAGAAGAUGAAACAGAAGUUCUACACCUGGGAGGAGUGUGUGAAGCUACCGGAGGUGGACAUCGUGCGGCGCAUCCACGGCCACCCAAACGUCGUGAAGCUUCGCGAGGUCAUUCGCGAGAACAACGAACUCUUUUUUGUGUUCGAGUACAUGGACGGCGAUCUGCUAGGCGUGAUUAAAAAAGCAAAGCAGGCCGGCAACUCUAGCAACGGGCAGGCAACUCCGUAUAUUCCCUACCCGCAGAUCAAGAGUUUCAUGCGCCAAAUGCUUCAGGCUCUCGCGUACAUCCACAAGCGUGGGUACUUCCACCGCGAUCUGAAGCCAGAGAAUUUGCUGAUACGAAAAGAGCCGACCGGCGAGGAGGUUUUGAAGUUGGCAGAUUUCGGUCUUGUGAAGGAGAUCCGCUCUCGCCCGCCGUUCACGGACUACGUCUCCACGCGGUGGUACCGUGCACCGGAGCUGCUGCUGCAGGACCGCUUCUACAGCUCGCCGGUGGACCUUUGGGCUGCCGGCUGCAUCAUGGCCGAGUUGAUCACCACGCGUCCUCUCUUCCCCGGCACGAAUGAGGUGGAUCAACUUUUCAAGAUUAUGUCAGUGCUCGACAGCCCAACGGAGAAGACGUGGGCAGGCGGCAUACACCUGGCCAAGAAGAUCCGCUACACCUUCCCGACCAUCACUGGCACGGGCCUCGCAAAGGUGCUGCCCUCGCACACCCCUGCUGUUGUGAUAGAUUUGCUGAGCCAAAUGCUGACGUACGACCCCAAGCUGCGGCCGACAGCGGAGCAGUGCCUUCAGCACCCAUUUUUCGCCGCGAACACCGACGAGCGCAACGAGCUGUCCUCCGCCGCGCUCGACCAACUCGCCUUUGCAGCGAAGCGGCUGCAGUCGGGGCCGCAGAGUGCACCGCUGCCGUUGAAGGUGCCGGUGAUAGACCCCCUCGCGGUGCAGAAGCCGGGCCGGUCAACGGCGGACGGAUCCGUGCCUGAGGGCUCCCCCCGCAAGCUCUACCCGCUCGGCAGGCAGGCAGAGGUGACGCCGUCGCUGAAGCCCAUCGCGGGCCCUGCCCCUGUCGUCUUUCCUGGCGUGCCAGCGGUGGCCAACGGCAAGCCGUCGUUGCCCGAUGCACCAAAGGAGUGCGCGGCAGAGACGGGAACCGUGCCCGGCAGCCUGCCUUCCAUCCCCAGCCAUGUCUCCGCCACGAAGAGACGAUCGCAGGAGGUGGCGGGCACGUUUAUGACGAAGAAGUUGGCGGGCCUGAAGAAUGUGCACGUCGGCCACAACAAGGCACUACCGAUGUACGGCAGCCUCUCAGCCAAGGCGGCGCAGCUCUCCCAUACCGGCGUAGCAUCAGGCGCUGCCACGACUCUAUCGUCGUCCAAAGAGCCAUCGACGAUGGGAAGAGGUGGUGGUGGCAGCCCGGUAAACACUCGCGACACGAAGCCGAUGAAGAUGAACGUGGCACAGCCGAUGCUCCGCCGCCUUUCCAAAGAGACGGAGCCUAUGGUGCCGGUGACGCUCUCCGUCCCAAAACACGACGUCAGCCUCGACGAGCUCAUGGAGGAGUUUGCCUCGGAGGUGUCACACUUCAGCGUGCAUGCAGGCCGACGAGACUCCAACGCCAACGGUGACGAGGUGGCAGUCGACGCCCCGCUUGCGCAGGACCCGGUGGUGGCGCUGCUGAGCGGCAGCCGUUUCAAAAAGACAGCAACUGUGGCAAACGAGUCGACAUCGCUGCAGCCGCUGAAGAUGGGCGGUUCGAUGCGCAGCGCUUUUUUGGCAAAGCCAUUAAAGAGUGACGGCAGCACCACCACGACGGAGUUGCCUCGUGUUGAGCACGUCACGAAGGGUGUUUCGCCAGCGCUCAAAGCGCUCCUGGCAAAGCACAAAGCGAGUGCGUUUGCCUAUCAAUAG